GUACCCUGCGGAUAACACUGCAGCACGGCACGGACACGCACUGAAGGGCACCAAGCGGCUAGACUUGAGGUAUCUCAUUACACCAAGACCAACUGAGGAUUUUGUUGGCAUUUGGAUUUACUUUUACAUGUGUUGUGGCUGAUCAACUCACACUUAAAAAUGGGAAAUGGACUUUCAGAACAGACUCCUAUUCUCUCUGGCUUAUCUCCGUUUCAGGCUCUUCACAUUGCCAUUUUGGGCUUGGACUGUGCUGGCAAGACAACAGUGUUAUACAGGUUACAGUUUAAUGAAUUUGUAAAUACAGUUCCAACCAAAGGAUUUAAUGCUGAGAAAAUUAAAGUAUCACUUGGUAACUCCAAAACAGUGACUUUCCACUUUUGGGAUGUUGGUGGACAGGAGAAACUAAGGCCUCUUUGGAAAUCUUACACAAGGUGCACAGAUGGAAUUGUAUUUGUGGUGGACUCAGUGGACGCUGAAAGAAUGGAGGAAGCCAAAACCGAACUGCAUAAAAUUACCAAGAUCUCGGAAAACCAAGGAGUCCCUGUUUUAAUUGUUGCUAACAAGCAGGACUUGAGGAACUCCCUGACUCUCUCAGAAAUUGAGAAGUUACUGGCACUAAAUGAGUUUGGGUCAUCAACUCCAUGGCAUCUUCAGGCGACAUGUGCAAUCAUUGGAGAUGGACUGAGGGAGGGAAUAGAAAAGCUAUACGAAAUGAUCAUUAAGCGACGGAAAAUGCUCAGGCAACAGAAGAAGAAAAGAUGAACUAUCCUUUUUGUAGGCAUUGCUUUCUAGUAUGACAAGUAGUUCUGCUGUCAGAUUUUGCCAUACUCGGGUCUGUAUCAGAUGUCUGGGCAGCCUGGAGUGAUGCUGUUUAAGAUUCAUGCGCCUUUAUUUUCAGCUGGGCAGGCUUCUGUUGGAAGCUCUGCCAAUCCAGCAGCACAGUGUCUCUCAAGUUUUCGUAAACACCAGGAAACCUAAUGUACGUCAGAGGCUGAAAGGCAAUCUAGUCAUUGUGAGUGUAAACUGUGAAUGUGUGCAGGGUGUUGAAACAGCGGAGGGUGCCUUUUCGAGAAGAACUGCUUUUUUUAAGGAUGAACAAUCGGUGUGCGUUUGAAACAGUGCAAUUUGCAAGGGAGCCACACAGAGGCUGCAAGUUCAACUGUAGUGAAUGUGGCCACAAAUGUUACAAUUUUCAUACUCGAUUACAAAAUUCUUACGUUAGAAGAAUAUAGCCUCAUUAUGUUCAGCAUCCUUUUAAUAUGCUGUCACCUCACAGGGAGUGCUAGGCAUUUGUUUUCACUAUGUCCAAUUUAAUUGGUGGUUCAUUAAGCUACCUUCAGGCAAAAUUAUCUUUAGAGUUUCAACUGUUCCUUUUCAGGGUUGCAUUUAGGUUAAUCUUGUUCUCUGGAUUGCUGCAUUUAGAAUAUCUCUAAUUCAAUUAAAAGGUACCAUACACUAUCCCACACUUGACAAAGAAUAUGGUUUUGUUUAAUAGUGCUAUUCCAGAUGAGUCCCUUCUCUCACCCACCCCUCUUCCUGUAUUUUACUUAGAUUUAUUUUAAUUUUACACUUGAAUUACAUGGUGGAGCACUGUUAUUUUAUUCUCGGAGACUUAUUUUGAGGACCCUAUUUCUGUUUGGCCUAUUUCAGGGGUAUUUUUAUGAAUUUCAUAAAUGUAAUACGAAUAUAGCAGUAUUUUUUUUUUUUUUUAAUUUCAUUAAAACCUUUCUGCUCCCUGGAUUUAAUACUCUAAACUAAAGCCGUGCUAGUUUGUUGUAACUGCAGUAAGUGUAUGUAUGUGUUUCCUGAGAGAACACUACAGACAGGGUCGAUAGCUGACCCUUUAAUUAGUCACUGGCAUAGGAGCCUGCUAGGUUACUGAUUGUGGUCACCUAACAGUGAUAACAACUACCUCCCUUCUCUCGCAAUGGAGAGCACUUGGCAUAGUAGGUUCUUUUCACUUGGAAGUCGCAAUUCUUGUGAUAGAUGCUUCCAUGAGUGAUAACCAAAGUACUGACCAAGCAGCCCAGUGUGAUGUUUGCCCAGGACCCGCCAAGCAGCCCAAUGUGAUAUUUGCCCCGGACUGCAUAUUUGUAUCUACCUUUUGUGUAGUUGUACAUUCUGAAUGGAGCAAUGAGGCACUGUUUGCUUAUCUUGUAUGAUCUUUUCACUUUCCAGCAUAGAUUAAUACAUUCCCUUUUUAUUGGCUUACAAUUCCAGGGAUUUUUUUUAAAGAACAAUCCCCAUCUACUAAAGAUCUACUAGUUGUUGAAUGCUUGGAGUUAAGGACCAUAGAUGAAACUUUUUGGGUCAGUUAUACCCACCACAUAGGCAGUCCUGCCUUCUUGAAUUCUGACCGAAGCUACCCUAACAAGCACCUGUAGUUUCAGCAUUGAAUUUGACAACAGUGGGGAAUAUAAAAACUGGAAACCUUGUUUCCUACAGCCUGACCAUCUUUAAAGCAUCAGUCUAAAGCUACCUUUACCUUUUCCGCUAGUUUGUUUGCACAUCCAUUUUAUUAGCAUGUCUGCUGUCACAUUCAUUAUUUUUAUUAUCAAUGACAAACUGCACUUUACUGUUUUAUAAGAAUGAAUGGACAGCUGGGUAAGACACUGAUCAUUUUGGGUUUAUUUGAAUAGCUCCUAGCAGAGCAUCUUUAUGUGUAUUUCUAUGUAGCUGCAUUAGUGAUACAAGUCACUGGUUCAGAAAUGUCUAUUUAUAGAAAUGUGGAUAUUGUCCUCAGAUUCAAUAAACAAGUCU